UCUCUCUAGCUACUUCUUCAGAGUUCAGGGGUUCUAGUUCUGUUCUGGACUUCUGGUUCUGUUCUCUUUCUCUUUUCUUCCGCUCUCUUUCUUUCUGAUAAUGUAAACAAAAGAAGGGAAAAGAAACUGGGCUUUAGAAGUUUUUUUGUGAAAACACCACAUUGUAAAAGUCGUUUCAGAGAGAUGGCUUUCAAGAGCUUUUUCACUCUGUUUGUCAUCCACAUUUGCUUAUUUGCGAGCUUGAGUUACGCUGAAGAUCCAACCUUUUACCACGAUUUUGUGGUCUCUUACAUCACUGCUUCUCCUCUUGGUGUUCCUCAACAGGUUAUUGCCAUUAAUGGAAAGUUUCCGGGUCCUGUUAUUAAUGUGACUACUAACAACAAUGUCUUUGUUAAUGUUCGGAACAAAUUGGACGAGAAUCUACUCUUUACUUGGGCUGGAAUUCAGCAGCGGCGUAGUUCAUGGCAGGAUGGAGUACUUGGAACCAAUUGUCCAAUUCCCCCAAAGUGGAAUUGGACUUACAAUUUUCAGGUUAAGGAUCAGAUUGGGAGCUUCUUUUACUUCCCAUCUCUUAAUUUCCAGAGAGCAUCUGGAGGGUACGGCGGGUUUAUUAUAAACAACCGGGCUGUAAUCCCCAUUCCUUUCGCAACACCGGAUGGGGAUAUAACCAUUAUGAUCGGUGAUUGGUACAUAAGAAACCAUACGGCUUUGAGGAAGACCCUUGAUGCAGGGCAAGGCCUUGGUAUACCAGACGGUGUUCUCAUCAAUGGGAAGGGCCCUUACCAAUACAACACCACACUUGUCCCGGAUGGCAUUGAUUAUGAAACUAUUGAUGUACACCCAGGGAAAACUUACCGUCUUCGCGUACACAACGUUGGAGUGUCAACUACUCUAAAUUUCAGGAUUCAGAACCACAAUCUGCUUCUAGCGGAGUCGGAGGGAUCAUAUACUGUGCAACAGAACUAUACGAGCUUAGAUAUACAUGUCGGACAAUCUUAUUCAUUUCUGUUAACUACAGAUCAGAAUGCAAGUAGCGAUUACUAUAUUGUAGCAAGUGCUAGGUUUGUGAACGCAUCACAUUGGCAAAAAGUUACUGGAGUCGGGAUCCUGCGAUAUUCUAACUCAAAAGGAAAGGCAGCUGGUCCCCUCCCUCCAGCACCAAGUGACGAAUUUGACAAAACCUAUUCGAUGAACCAGGCCAGAUCCAUCAGAUGGAAUGUAUCAGCCAGUGGUGCACGUCCUAAUCCACAGGGGUCUUUUAGAUAUGGCUCCAUCAAUGUAACUGAUGUUUAUGUGUUGAAAAACAAGCCACAUGUAAUGAUCAAUGGGAAACGCCGAGCAACCCUAAGUGGAAACUCAUUUGUAAAUCCCGCCACACCUAUUCGACUAGCUGACCAGCACAAAUUGAAGGGUGUUUAUAAGCUUGACUUCCCAAAAAGACCACUUACUGGAGCACCCAGAAUGGAAACAUCUGUGAUCAAUGGAACAUUCAGAGGAUUCAUCGAAAUCAUACUUCAGAACAAUGAAACCAAGAUGCAGAGUUACCAUGUGGAUGGAUAUGCAUUUUUUGUUGUGGGGAUGGACUAUGGUGAGUGGACAGAGAAUAGUAGGGGGACAUAUAAUAAGUGGGAUGGAAUAGCCCGUUCUACAAUACAGGUUUAUCCUGGGGCGUGGACAGCAAUCUUGAUUUCUUUGGACAAUGUUGGAAUCUGGAAUAUUAGAGCUGAAAAUCUUGACUCAUGGUAUCUUGGCCAAGAAACUUAUAUCAAGGUUGUCAAUCCAGAACCAACUAACAAAACUGAGCUGCCCAUACCAGACAAUGCCUUAUUUUGUGGUGCUCUAAGCAAAUUGCAGAAGCCUGAAGAUAUCUCUUCGAUAGCAUCACUCACCAUUGGUCAACCAAAGGUGUUCUUCACUCUACUGAUGAUCAUCUGCUCUCUAAUUCCCAUUUUCCAUUAAAGGGUUCGGUUUUUCUGAGUGUCUAUGUUUGUUGGAGCCUAGGUUCUUAGUGAGAGGUUUGUGGUUGAGUGUUUAGGUUUGUAAGAUUAGGCUUGUCGAUAAAAAUCUUCAGUAUGACAUUCUUUUCUUCUUUGUAUGUUCCAAAUGAGCCACACGGCUCCUUCAAUUGAUCGGGAUUUAUGAUUCUUUUAUUACUAAGAACCCAUGUACUGUUUGACUAUCAAUCAAUUCAUCAAUUCAAUUCAUGCAACUUCCUACC